UCUCAGUUCUUUUGGAAAGAAAUCUCUGUCGUUCUCGUUCAUCCAUAUUCCAUUUAGGUUUUGGUCGUUGGUUGCUAUCGCAGUUUUAUAACUAAGAAUUAUUUGCUUUUUUAUUUAAAACAAAAUAGAAAUUGAAAAAUAGGUACAACGUGCUUUAAUAACUUAAAAAUAGAACCAUAUUUUAAUGUGACGUUAAAAAUUUUGUGAGUGUAUUGCUUAAAAAGUAAAGGUUAUUUAAUUUUUGGCUAAAAUUUAUAAGUUCAUAGAAUUUUUUUUUUUUGUAUUUUGUUGAAAAUAGUUUCAUGAAGAAAAAGUGAAAAACAAAAAAAGCACAAAACAAAAAACCUUCAUUUUAAAUUUAAUUUGAAAAUUUAAUAUAUUAAAAAAAGAAAAGAAAAAGGGCCAUCCUUUUGUGGCCACCGAUGUCUAGUGCUGAUAUAUUUGAUAGUUCGGUUGAACCCUCCCCCGCUAAAAAGCGGAAGCUGCAGCAGCUAUCAACGAAUAAAGAGGACGAAUAUAUUGAAAAGAAGCAAGAGGAAAAUAAUUUAAAUCAAGGAUCUUCUGUUGAUACAGCAACACAAAUAGCAACAAUAACAGCAACAAAAAAUUGUAGUUUAAAACGACAUCAUCAAGAAGAGAAUUCUGAAGCGGAAGAUAUAUCAUCACCCAAGAAUAAUCGCGUUACCGGUCAUCAACAACCACAACAACAGCAACAACAACCGAAUAAUUCAACAACAUCAACAACAAAAGUAAAUUUUGAAGGGAAAAACAGUGCUGAUAACAUUACAAAAAAUAUCGGCAUUUUGCAAAGUACUUCGUCAUCUUUAGAAGCAGCAGCUAGAGAAGGAGGAAAAUUAUCUUUGUCGGAACCAACAGCAGCAGAAGCAUUAGCAGGAAUAGGAAAAAAUAAUAACUCAUUCGACAAAAAGAAAACAAAAAUACAAUCAUCAUUGUCUUCAGUAGAAAAAGAAACAAAAGAAAGAUCAGAAGCAGAAAAAAAAUCCAGUCAACAAAGAAAUAAUACACAAAUUUCAUCAGAGAGAAAUUCAGAAUCUAAUUCUAAUAAUAUGGCUAAUAAUAGUGCUGUUGGAAAUCAAUCUGGUGGUGAUAUUGAUGAGGCACUAUAUUCGCGCCAAUUAUAUGUCCUGGGGCAUGAUGCUAUGCGUCGCAUGGCGACUUCCGAUGUCUUGGUCUCUGGCCUAGGUGGUCUCGGAUUGGAAAUAGCUAAAAAUAUUAUACUCGGUGGUGUAAAAUCGAUAACAUUACAUGAUCAAAGUAAUUGUACGAUCAGGGAUCUCUCAUCGCAGUUUUACUUAACUGAAAAUGAUAUUGGCCGCAAUCGGGCAGAAGCAUCAAGUGCUCAACUUGCAGAAUUAAAUAGUUAUGUUCGGACAUCUUCAUACACGGGACCUUUAACAGAAGAUUUUUUGAAAAAUUUUCGUGUUAUUGUUUUAACAGAUUCAACUGAAAAUGAACAAAGGCGUAUAGCAAAAUUUGCUCAUGAUAAUGAUAUUGCAAUUAUCAUCGCUGAAACUAGAGGUCUGUUUUCGAAAAUAUUUUGCGAUUUUGGGGAGAAUUUUACUAUUUAUGAUACAAAUGGCGUACAACCAGUGUCUGCUAUGAUUGCUGGAAUAACUCGAGAUACAGAAGGCGUGGUAACUUGUUUAGAUGAAACAAGACAUGGUCUUGAGGAUGGUGAUUAUGUAACAUUUAUGGAGGUUGAAGGCAUGACUGAACUAAAUGGUUGUCAUCCAAUAAAAAUUAAAGUCCUUGGACCGUAUACGUUUGGAAUUGGUGAUACUACAAGUUUCAGUGAAUACAUUCGAGGGGGAAUCGUUACUCAAGUUAAAAUGCCUAAAACAACACAUUUCAAACCCUUAGAGAAAGCUGAAAUCGAACCGGAUUUCUUGAUUACCGAUUUUGGUAAAUUUGAUUAUCCAGAAACAUUACAUAUCGCAUUUUCAGCAUUACAUCAAUAUGUGCAACAAGCUGGACGAAUGCCCAGACCUUGGAAUAAUGAGGAUGCAAAUAAUUUUCUGCAAUUAGUGAAAUCAGUGAAACCUGAUGUCAACGAACAGUUAGUAUUGACUUUUGCUAAAAUAUGUGCAGGUAAUUUGUGCCCAUUGGAUGCAGCUAUUGGUGGUUUUGUAGCUCAAGAAGUUUUAAAAGCUUGCUCUGGUAAAUUUUCUCCAAUAAAUCAAUACAUGUACUACGAUGCAAUAGAAUGUUUGGGAGAGCAAGAGCUAUCGGAAGAGGAUGCCCAACCCUUAGGUUGUAGGUAUGAUGCUCAAAUUGCUAUAUUUGGAAAGACAUUCCAACAAAAAAUUGCCGAUCAAAGGUAUUUUAUUGUUGGUGCUGGUGCAAUUGGUUGUGAACUUUUAAAAAAUUUCGCUAUGAUUGGUAUCGGUACUAGUGCCAAUGGAGAAAUAUUAAUAACAGAUAUGGAUCUCAUAGAAAAAUCAAACUUGAACCGACAAUUUCUAUUCAGACCUCAUGACGUACAAAAGCCAAAAUCUCAUACGGCAGCAGCAGCAAUACAUCGCAUGAACCCUGAUGUUAAGGUUACUGCGUAUGAACUAAGAGUUGGACAAGAGACAGAAAAAGUAUUUUCUGAAGAAUUUUUCGGUAAAUUAAACGGAAUAGCAAAUGCUUUAGACAAUGUCGAUGCUCGUAUUUAUAUGGAUCGAAAAUGUGUAUUCAACAGAAUACCAAUGGUUGACUCUGGCACGCUUGGUACUAUGGGAAAUAUACAAGUAGUUGUACCAUUCCUUACGGAAUCAUACAGUUCAUCACAAGACCCACCUGAAAAAAGUAUACCAAUUUGUACAUUAAAAAACUUUCCAAAUGCUAUUGAACAUACAUUGCAAUGGGCAAGGGACAAUUUCGAAGGACUAUUCCGUCAAUCAGCAGAAAAUGCAGCUCAAUUUAUAUCUGAUCCAACGUUUAUAGAGCGCGUUUUGAAGUUAGCUGGAGUACAACCUUUGGAAAUUUUAGAAUCAGUCAAAUCUGCUCUUAUUGAUGAAAGACCCACAAGCUUUGCAGAUUGUGUAAAAUGGGCUCGAUGCCAUUGGCAGGACCAAUACUCAAAUCAAAUAAGGCAGCUCUUAUUUAACUUCCCUCCAGAUCAAAUGACAUCAAGUGGACAGCCAUUCUGGUCGGGGCCAAAACGUUGCCCAACACCAUUAGUGUUUGAUGUUAACGAUCCGUUACAUCUUGAUUAUAUAUAUGCAGCCGCAAACUUAAAAGCAGAAGUGUAUGGAAUUCCCCAAAUCCGAGAUAAAAGUAUUGUUGCACAACUUGUUUCUCAAGUUCAGGUUCCCGAAUUCAAACCACGUUCUGGUGUUAAAAUUGAAGUAAAUGAAAAUGCAAGCGCUAAUAACCAAUUUGAUAAUCAUGGCAACGACGAUAUUGAUCAAGAUCGCGUUAAUAGAAUUUUGACUGAAUUAACAAAUCUUGGAAAAAUAAAUUUCCAAGUUCAACCAUUAGAUUUUGAAAAGGAUGAUGAUAAUAAUCUACAUAUGGAUUUCAUAGUUGCGUCUUCAAAUUUAAGGGCAGCCAACUAUAAAAUUCCUCCAGCGGAUCGCCAUAAAUCAAAAUUGAUUGCAGGUAAAAUUAUACCUGCUAUUGCAACAGCUACUUCUGUUGUGUCCGGUUUUGCAACAUUGGAAAUCAUUAAAUUGAUCCAUGGAUAUCGUUCUUUAGAUCGUUUUAAGAAUGGAUUCACUAAUUUAGCAUUACCAUUUGUUGCCUUCUCAGAACCAAUAGCAGCUAAAAAAGAGACAUAUUAUGGAAAAGAAUGGACAUUAUGGGAUCGCUUUGAAGUGCAAGGUGAAAUGACCUUGUGCGAAUUUUUAGAAUAUUUCAAAAACGAGCAUAAAUUAACAAUAACAAUGUUGUCACAAGGCGUGUCAAUGCUUUAUUCGUUCUUCAUGUCAAAGCCGAAAUGUGCAGAACGUUUGCCAUUACCAAUGACAGAAGUUGUUAGGCGCGUGUCAAAGAAACGUAUUGAUCCACAUGAGCGUUCGUUGGUUUUCGAAAUAUGUUGCAAUGAUGAAGACGGCAAUGAUGUUGAAGUUCCCUAUGUUAGAUAUACAUUACCCUAAGAUUUUUAACAGAAACAAAAAUUUAAUUAUUUUAUAAAAAUUAAAAAAUUAAAGUAUUUAAAUAAAAAAUUUAAACAAUAUAACGAAAAAAGGUUUUUAUAAUAACGAAAAUCAACUCAACAAAAACAAAAAAAAAAAAAAAAAACAAAUACAAAUUGAAAUUUUAAUUAAAAAUAUUAAACAAUUUAAAAUUUUAAUUCGUCAUACAAAAUGAGUCAAUUGAAGUAAUUCCACACUACAUCAUUAAAGAACAACAAAUAAAUUUAAUGUGUGAUUUAAAUAAUAGCAAUAAAUUUAUAUUUUCAGCAGCGAAUAAUAAAAUCGUAAAAAUAGAUCAUUUGGAAAGCAUUAAAUACGAUUAAGAUUUUUGGAAAAAUAUAUAUUGAUAUAUAUUUAUUUCGAUCGUACAUAUAUAAAACAGAAAUUUUGAAUUUAAUUUUUAGCAGUUCUUAAAAAAUUAACACGUACUAAGCUAAGACAGCAUCUCCAAAUGCAUCCCGUGAUUACCAAAAAUAGCGAAACUAUCGCUUACAGAUUUGAAAUAUAACUUGAAAUUGGAAAAAUAUUUUGAAAAUUUAAUUACUGGGAUAUAUAUAUAUAUAUAUACACAGUUAUUUUAAAUGACUCAUUUUGUUUAAUUGUAUUGAAAUUAUAUAGCUACAUAUUUUAUUUCUAUAUAAGGUAAUACAAAAUAAAUUGUAGAUCUUAAAUUAAUUUAAAGCAAAAAUUAUGUUAUUCUAGUUUUCUCAUCUGGCUUUUUUUUUUCAAAAGUGUAGUAGUGUAAGGAAAAUUUAAAAGAAAAUAAUUAAUUAUUUUUGUCCAUUUAGAAAU